GGAGGAAGACGUGACCGUGGUAUUCUGCUGGUUUAACUUCGAAGAUGAGCGUUCCUAGUCUCCUCAUGGCAGGAGGGAGAUGGAGAUGUUUUCCAAUUCCAUUGGGAUCAUCCUUAUUCCAGGCCAUACAUAAUUCCUGCUGUCGGAAAAAAUCCACUGCACCUAAGAAACUUAUUCCCAGUAUUGCUUUUUGUGACAAAAAUGCAAAGGAGGCUGGAACUGCACUUGACAAGCUCUUCUCUCAAGAACAGCAGGCUUCCAUCUUGCAUGUGUUGAAUACAGCAUCUAAUAAAGAACUUGAAGAUUUCAAGUUGCUUCGUGGUAGAAAGUCUAUCAAUAUUGUAGAGCACAGAGAAAAGUUUGGGCCAUUUCAGAAUUUGGAGAGUUUAAUGAAUGUGCCUUUGUUCCAGUAUAAAACUACUGUUCAAGUGUGUAACUACAUUCUUUGUCCAGAGACUGGAAGGAAAAAAAGAAAGUCACAGGAAAACCGGCUCUUGGGAAAACUCAUCAAACCAGAUAUAGAAAGAGAGAGACUUAAGGCAGUUAACAGUAUAGUGUCUAUUGUUUUUGGUACCCGAAAAAUUGCCUGGGCUCACCUUGAUCGUAAAUUGGCAGUGCUGGACUGGCAGCAGAGUGACUGUGGGAGAUUAAUGAACAGAACAUACCCAUCAUCAAUCUAUUUAGAAGAGAUUUCUUCAGUCAUUUCAAAGAUGCCUAAAGCAGAUUUCUAUGUUCUGGAAAAAACAGGACUUUCCAUUCAGAACUCAUCUCUUUUUCCUAUACUGUUACAUUUUCAUAUGGUGGAAGCCAUGCUGUAUGCCUUAUUAAAUAAAACUUUUGCCCAGGACGGCCAGCAUCAAGUGCUGAGCAUGAAUCGAAAUGCAGUGGGGAAGCACUUUGAAUUGAUGAUGGGUGACUCUCGGACUAGUGGAAAAGAACUAGUGAAGCAAUUCCUCUCUGAGUCUGUACUGAAGGCGGAGCCUCGGGUGUUCUUCCCAGCUGAUAAAGUAGUCCGCUAUAGACAGAUGUUUUCAUCUACUGAAUCACACAGAGUGGAAGAAUUAUAUGAUUCAUUAUUACAAGCUGUUGCCUUCUAUGAAUUAGUUUUUGACACUAAGCCUUAGAAUUCUGAGGUUAACGUACAUGCUCUUAUGUUAAAUUAGUUUAUAUUUAUUAGCUGUAGAUUGUAAAACCAACUGUUUUGAACAUCCAUGUUGAUGGAGAAGAAAAUACAUUUUGAGUGUAUUUUAGGUGUUUAAAGUCAGACUUUUGGCUGUUGAAUGAUUUACACAAUAAGCCAAGACCAAAUCAAUAUUUUGUGGGAGUC